CGGGUAGAGUCCGGAUGACAGGAUCUUGGGUAGGCCUGGUUUGACCGUUUGAACCAUGCACACCCUAGAAGCGCUACUUGUCCUCUGGGUUUAUUAUUCCAGACCGUCAGGGUCGCUCCCAACGAUCUGGAAACCUUGCCCUUGCGAAAAUCGAAUUGGUCCCCGGCAUGAAGUGGGAUGCGCAGUACCUGUGGUCGUAUGGUUGAAGAAAAGAAGAAAAAUCCUGGGUGGAGCAGGGCCGGGACUGAGAUUUGGUGCUGGGCUCCAACCGCGAUGUACAUGGAUGAAGACGCCUUUCAAUCCCGCAGCUAAAUCAAGGCUCCAAGGUUGUCCCGGUCAACGACCAUUCGAAUAGAGACUCGAGAACGGCUGCGCAUAGCGAUGUACUUCUGUGACAUCCCUCACGGUUGUUGAGACAUUCCCCUGACCAACGCUCAGGAGCCUUUCUUUGUACACCGUGGCCAUGCGCGCGAUGACCUUCGAAUAUGGGUGACUUCGCGAAAUUAAUCGACAGAAGCAAGCAACAUCCGUCAAUGCAUGGGAGCCAGCAGGAGAGGAUGCGGGAGAGUCAAGGUAAUCGCCGACCUCGUAUUGCUUGAUUUUCUUUUUUUUUUCGACAAUCAGCCACCACUGCUCCCAGGACCGGUCUGGCCUCGUCAUGAUGUUGCCCGCUUUAUUUCUUGCCCCAAACCACGGAGCCAUCAUGGGGUCGCUGUCUCAGCGGUUCACACUGCUGUAGUUCGUUGAAUAUGAUGCAGAGAGGAUCGGCUCGCUGAUGACGUGCGCUGGUAUGAGACAUGUGACAAGAUGCCGUAAAUAAACGCGGUGAUGCGACAAGCAUCGCCCGUUCAUUUGUUUGCGCGUCCUCGUAGAGCAUGUACUUAGUCCAUCCGCCUCACACUUUCCAGCCGAACUGAUGUCAUUCAGCGUGACGAUCAAUAUUACACGCGGUCUGCUCUUCGGCGUGAAUGCGUAUUACUCGUAUCGCGGCUUAGCCGUCUGUUAACAUUCUGCUGCCCUGGUCGUGAUCAGCAGGUACGGCAAUGAUCACAGCUUUCGGGAGAGGCGGGGAGACAUGGGCAAAUUCAUCAGCGCGGCACACCUAUCGUAGCACAAACCCAUCGUGUUCUGUGGUACAAAGGGUCGCUGAUCAAUUUCAGGGAGUUACAUCUACGUCGAAGGGGGAAAAUAUGAAGACAAUGCACGGUCGAUCACAAGGUUCGUUAGAACCCUGUUUUCUGUGCGUAUUUGUUCGCGAAUCUCAAAGCGAACAAAGAGAACCUCUUGGAAAGAAUGAGCUUGGAUCGUACGUGCUUCAGGGGACCAACGGCAGCAUCCAAGACGAACUUGUAGAGUAGCCC